AUGCCUUCACGAUUAAAUGCGCCGGUCUUGACCGUGGACGUCGGUCUAAUCCACAAGGUCGACACACGCAACGUCGAGAACCUCUUCAGCAUGUGGACAGUGUUCUCAAGAUGCGCUGGUUCAUUGGAGGAAGGACGAAGAUUAGAGAACUUGAGCUGGCGACUAUGGAACAGGGAAACCUUCUGCUGUGAUCCUGUCUCCGAAGCCAACUCCACAACACCUGCCAUCUCCAUCUCAGCGAGGAGUUCAGAUGGUCGGUACUCAGCAGAGGUACCCAGUUUAUCUGGCAGUCUCGACUCAUUAGCCGACGAAGAGGCUCUUGAAUUCGAUACCGACAACACCUCGGCUUCCACAGCGCCUGUUGAUAUUACACGCCCCCAGAUUCAACGCCAGGAUUCUGUUCACAGUCGAAGUCGCGGUCGCGAACGACACAUCACCCCAGACGAUCUGGAGAAGAUGGUCAUAACGAUCAAGGAGAAGAAGGAUCUCGAGCCACUCUCCCUAACCAACCUUCCCCCUCUUGCGCCACUAGCAAAAAUUACUCCACAACAACCAACAUCCACGCCACAGAUUAUCACGCCAGCCGUCGAGAGCAAAUCCGUUACCUCGGACGAUGCUUCUGACAACUCGGCACAACCCCCGUCUUCAGAGAGCGUGACCUCCGAGCGAAGUACCACCAGCGUGGUCCGUGGAUUCUCGCCUUCACAUGUCAGCUCUUCAUAUCGAUCGAUACCUCUUCUCACUGCUCCUUCGUCUAUUCCUACCGCCGACAUUGCCGCUGUCAAUUCCACAAAUGGACAACAGCCAGCUAAGAAGCGUCAGAUGUUCGCUCUUGGUGCAUCCUCGGGCGAGGAUUCAUUAAGCGAGCAGACCAACUCUAUGGAGAGCAGCUUACAACCCGCCGCCCCUCAACUCAAGAAGAAGCAACAAGCAAAGUUCAGCUUUGGCGGCUCAUCAAAUGAGGACGAGAGCUCAUUGCCACAGAAGAUGAAGACGCACAGCACGUUAGCUGACCCAGCUCAACGACCUCUACCCACGAAGAAGCAGACAUCAUUUAAGGAGGACCUGAUCGCCGCCCAAACUAUCAAGGAGGAGCAAGCAUUCGACGAUGACGUCUUCGAGACCGAUGACGACGAGGUUGAUGAGAGUGCUAUUGACGACGAUGACGACUCUUCGGACUGGGAGGAUUCAGUUGAGGACAGCGGAAACCCAAGCAUCGACGAGAAGACCUUCUUCCAACGCGUUGACUCGAGACCCAACCUUACUUCGCGCCGAUCUUUGAUCACAACCAUGUUGCAUCAAAGCGACAGAGCUAAUGCACUCGCCAAUGCAGCUGCAGCUUCAAGAUCAACACCAGCCCUGCAACGGUCUUCUCGCACAACUUCACCGAAUGGACCUUCUCUUGCCGCCUCACCAGACUCCGAAGACAAUCUUCCUCUCAUGAUGAAGAGGGGUCUCAAGCCAAUCUCAGAAAUUCCUCGCUCCCAAGCUCAACCAAUCCUCCGAACCACCAACUCCACUCCUCAUCAGCUUGCUCUUUCACCGCGAACCACCCGACGAAACAUGCUUGCCUCUGAACUUACUGUAAGUCUUCGCCAGCAUCUUCUCUGGGAACGCAAACAAAAGUCGCAAACUGCCAACGCGGUCCUCAAGCGCAGACAUACAGCUCACGACGUGGCAAACCUCAAGCAGUUUCCCGAAAAAGUGUAUAUGGAUGGAGAGGAGGCCAAGUCAAGUUGGAACGAUUACUACGGUCAGGGCUUAGGCGAAUACCAUUCCAGAGGAUGGUAA